GGGAGCAGAAGAAGAAUGAUGGACCGGAGCUAACGUUAGCUAGCAGGUGGGGCUCGAAAAAAAAAUGUUGCGCUCUGGAUCUUUUUGUCUCCGAUUUCCUCUUCCAGUGAGUCACAGCUGAAGCUUAAAAACACACCUCCGACAGCGUAACGACUCGGGUAGAAAACUAACACGGUAGUGUGUUGCUAUAGUGAUUCAUUUAGUUGUUUUGGUGUGCUGCGUGUGCGUGUGUUUGUGUGUGUGUGUGUGUGUGCCGCGGGAGAGGGGGGGGGGGUCGGCGGUGUCUCCUCCGCUCAGCUGUCCGUCACUCCAACGUCAGCUCAGUGACGCCUGGGAACCAGCAGGCAUGGCAGCUCCAGUGAACAUCCAGGCUCCCAGUAAGACCUGGGAGCUGAGUCUGUACGAGCUUCACAGGAGCCCUCAGGAGGCCAUUGUGGACGGUACGGAGGUGGCCGUGUCUCCUCGUGCUCUGCACAGUGAGCUCAUGUGUCCCAUCUGUCUGGACAUGCUGAAGAACACCAUGACGACCAAAGAGUGUCUGCACCGCUUCUGCUCCGACUGCAUCGUGACCGCGCUGCGAUCAGGGAACAAAGAGUGUCCCACCUGCAGGAAGAAGCUGGUCUCCAGGCGUUCGCUGCGCAGGGACUCAAACUUCGACGCCCUGAUCUCGAAGAUUUAUCCGAGCCGGGACGAGUAUGAGGCCCACCAGCUCCGGGUCCUGGAGCGACUCAACAGACUCCACAACAAGGAUGCGCUGAGCUCCAGCAUCGAGGAGGGGCUCCGACAGCAGGCCCGCUACAGGUCUGAGAGGAACCACCGCGUCAAGAAGCCGACCCAGGAGAGCGACAACACCACCUUCAGCGGGGCGGAAGACAAUGGCGACUCCCGCUCUCACCUGUCUCACGACUCCGCCCCCUCACACGCCCCUCACUCCCGUGGUCAGACCACCUCAGAGGCUGGACCGAGCAGAAAACGCCCCCGAGCGUCAGACGACGGCUCCGGGCCAGAGGCAGACAGCUGCAGCCCCAACCCUCCUCUGAGACGCCUCAAAGAGGGGCCGGCCUCGGAGAUCGAGCUGGUGUUCAGGCCACACCCACAACUGGUCCACGCCCAGGACUACAACCAGACCAGGUUUGUGAAGACGACAGCCAACGCCACCGUGGACCAUCUGUCUAAAUACCUCGCUCUGCGUAUCGCUCUGGAGGACGGGCAGAGCAACAAAGAGAGGGAGGACAGAGAGAGAGAAGAGGCAGCAGCUGAAGAGACUAAAGGAGCAGCAGGGAGCGGAGAGGGCUCGACUCUGAACCACGUCAGUGAGAAACAGUACACCAUCUACAUCAUGACGAGAGGAGGACAGUUCUCUACGCUGAACGGCUCUCUGACUCUGGAGCUGGUCAACGAGAAAUACUGGAAGGUGAGGAAACCGCUGGAGCUUUAUUACGCUCCCACAAAGGACCAACAACCACAACAACAACAACAACAAACCCCACAGCAUAAGUCCCCCCCUCCUCCUCCCCCCUCCUCCUCAGAGGGAGGGGUGAGCAAGAGCAGCGUGAUGUUCUCCGUCUGAUUUAACCACCUGAAGUUAAGUUUCCACGUUUCACUGUUGUACUAUCUUUGUGUGUCUUUUAAGAACUGAAGAUGGUCCCACCAGGUUUCACAUGCAAAACGGCUUUUUUUAUUGUGAGUUCUGAAGGCGGAUUUAUCAAGAAGAACUAAACGGAUCGUCAGCAGAAAGCAAACCGCUUUUUCAGUUUUGCUGAAUUUCUGUGCUCUUAUAAUCCGAUGUGAUUUAUAUUCUGGAUUUUACGGUAAUUUAAAAAGCAAUUUAAACAGACAAAGUGUGAAAAGAGAAUCUGCAGCUCAAAAUAGUUCUGUAAGCUGUUCUGUUUUUGUGUUUAUAGCUUUUAAGACUUCAGAGUUUUGUAUUUCCAUCAGCAUAAGAAACAUCGAUCAGCGCAAUCGAAGUGGUUGUAAAAGAAACGUUCUUUCAGCAGUUUGAUCUAAACUUCAGGUUUGAAUUGAUCUAUUUAUGGAAAGUUUUUUAUGAUUUAAUUUCUUAGAUCUGAACGGGAGCUCUUUGUCGCUCUCUCAAUGAAAUUACAAGAUCCUGUUGUUGCCGUGGAAGCGCGCUCGGCACUACAAAUAAAUGUUGCUCAAUUACUCUUUUAUCGUGCUGCAAAGGUUUUAACUGCUUUAAAUCAGACACAGAAUUGACGUACUUCAACAUCUACGUUUAAAAAGGAGACUUCAAUCGUUCCUGUUUCUUUCAUCGUCAAGGGCUGAAGGGGGGGGGCCUUCCCAGCAUGCACUGGGGUGGACAGGGGGAUUAUUCACAUUUAGGCAGCAAUAUUUAACUUGUGAUGGGACUCCCUUCAUCCCUUUAUGAAAAGUUCACUUACCAUAGUUAAGUGUGGUUAAAAUUAUGUUUUUCAAACUUGUGGACAUUUUUUGUUUUCAUUUUUCCACUUUGUGAUGUCAUAAAAAAACAAAAA